GCCGAGUUUUUAAUAAAUAAACGUGUAAAAAAAGUAUAGCGAAACAAAACACUAUUUCCUUGUUCAGAUUUUGAAGCGUAUGACUGACGUCAUCGCCUCCAAUAUGCUGUUUUAGCCUACUGUCCACCGUGAAACUGCUCAUAAGAGAGCAAGAUAUUUCACAUGGAUAACAACACGAACAUAUAACAUGAAUGGCCGAAACUGUUGGACUAUAAAUUACUGGUGUCACAUAUGAGCACUGCCCGAAGGGGGGAGAGGGAGAGAUGAACAUAGAAGUCAGUCCCAUCCCAAAGCUGUACCCAGUCACAGAGGUCUUCCCAUGGAAUGAGUUCUCCUACACAGCCCGUCUGAGCCCCACGACACAGACGGAUGGCUCUCCGCUCUGCCUGCCUUCCACAAUCAUCAUCCACCCUAUCCCAUCUGUGAGAGAAUGCACCAGAGAGGCACCAAAUGCUCUGCUCCAGAGGAGAGCGGCAAGACCGCCACAGACCCUGGAGAGGCUCAGCUGGACUUCUACCGUAAACUGGGCUACUCCCCAGCGCAGGUCCAGACCGUGCUGCAGAAGUUUGGCCUGAACACAGACACUAACAGGAUUCUGGGGGAGCUGGUGCAGACUGGAGCCAGCCCAGAAGGGAUGGAGAAGGAGGGAGCCCCAACUACCAUGUCUGUCCUGGUUGCUAGAGGGGAGACCCUUAGUAGCCUGCCCUUCACCCCUCCACCAAUUUGGGAGGAUGCAGCCAGUGAGGAGGAAGAUGACCUGAAACCCAUAGUGAUCGAUGGGAGUAAUAUGGCUAUGAGCCACGGGAACAAGGAAGUGUUUUCCUGCCUGGGAAUCCAGCUGGCUGUGAACUUCUUCCUGGACAGGGGUCAUACUGAUAUCACUGUGUUUGUUCCCUCAUGGAGGAAGGAGCAGCCCAGACCAGAUGUCCCCAUCACAGAUCAACACAUUUUGCGUGAGCUGGAGAGAAAGAAAAUCAUGGUGUUCACCCCUUCGCGGCGUGUAGCGGGCAGACGUGUGGUCUGCUACGAUGAUCGCUUCAUCGUCAAGCUGGCAUAUGAGUCAGACGGUGUCAUCGUAUCCAACGACACAUACCGUGACCUUCAGGGCGAGAGACAGGAGUGGAAGCGCUUCAUCGAGGAGAGGCUGCUCAUGUUCUCGUUUGUCAAUGACAAGUUCAUGCCCCCUGAUGACCCCCUGGGUCGCCAUGGUCCCACCCUAGAGAACUUUCUACGGAAGGUUCCUCGGUUACCACGCAAACAGCUAUGUCCUUACGGAAGGAAAUGCACUUAUGGAAUAAAGUGUAAAUUCUACCACCCGGAGCGAGUCAACCAAUCCAAUCGCUCUUUGGCUGACGAGCUGCGGGAGAAGGCCAAGCUGCCCUUGUCACAGCAGAAACACCCCACCACAGGUCCUGGACUUGCCUAUGGCCUUUCCCUGGAGGAGCAGAUGGCUCAGAAACUGACCCUAGAACAGUGGAAUGGCUCCUUGAAGAAAGGCCUCACCAGUGAGAAUGUUCUUCUCAAGGGAGGCCAUCGCUCCAGCUGGACGUCCCCAGCUAAGAAGGCCAGCACCAACCAACAUUCCCCGACCGACCUGGACUCGGCCCUGGCCAGUGGCUCUCAAGAGAGGCUAGAUUCUGGGCUGGGCUCCUUCGAGAGCCAGGCAUCUGACCCCUCUAGAAACCACUGUGAUCACUAUAGCAACGCUGGGUACAGGAACUGCCAGUCAAAGUCCGCCCCCAGUAUGAAACAACAACGCUAUUCUCUCCCUAGCGACCUGCCUUGUAGCUGCUGCUCCCAUGCUCCUCAGCCUUCAGGCCCCAGUGCAGGAUACCAACAACACCACAGCCCACACCAUAGCAUGGGCCCAGCCAGCACCCACAACCCAGACAUGAUGACCUACUACCCCCCUUGUUACCCCAACUAUGGAACACCAAUGUAUUCAGUUAGUAUGCAUCAGUAUAGCCACCACAGUAACUUCCAACAGCAGGGCAGGGUCCACCAUUCACAGCAGACCUUCUGGUCGAACCCGUUUGGGACUUAUCCUCAGACUCUCCAUUGCAUUGCUCAGGUGGAGCAGCAGAGACACUGGUCCACUGCCCGGACACAGCCGAGCCCCCAUGGGGAGUGCAGGGAGAGGGAGGACGGCAGGGAGAGGGAGGAUGUCAGGAAGAAGCUGCUGGCCAUCUUUAACGGCCGUCUGGUGGACAGGGCCAUGGACAUGUUCCCCCAUCUCAUGGACCCACAGAGACUGGCUGCUGAGAUCCUCACCCUGAGAUCCUCUCAGGGCCUGUGAUUGGCUCGUUGCUCUGAGAUGGAGGGAUUUGUAGUUUUUUUUCAGUUGAAAGAGUCUCUCUUGAAAAAAUGUCCAAGCUACUAUAAAGAUCUGUGUUUCCACUUUAGGGAAACAUUGAUCUUCCUACUGUAUUUGCUUUGCCAAAUGUGUUCUUGCCAAGUGUUUCAGGAACUAGGUCGCUUAUAUUGCCUCGAACAUAAAACCGGAGGCAAUUGAUUGUUGAUGCAAGUUGUAUCUAUUUAAUAAAUCUUUCUAGACCCUC